AUGGCUCGAAAAAACCCCGUGCGAGGUAGCAAACAGAAUCUGGCUCCUCAAGUCGUUGAGGACACCAACGACAAAGAUAUCGACAUUCAGAACCACCAGGAAGCACAGGAGGCCAAGGAGCUGGUCGACCUCGAAGAGGGACAAGACAUGUCUGCUACCGAGGAGUCUGAUGAGACUGAUGUUGACGAUAAGGAGGAUGCCAAGCUGGGUGACGCUAGCGUUGACGAGAAGGAGGACGACAAAGAGGAGGAUGAACAGGAGAGUUCUGGGGAGUCUGAGGAGUCAGAAGAUGAUGACGACUCUUCCUCUGAAUCAGAAGGUGACGAGCUCAACUUUGACGAUAUUUCAUCUCUUCUGGACGCUAGCAGCAAGUUUCAGGCCGAGUCUGAGCCAGUCAAGUCGCUCGACGAAAUCACAGAACGCUACGCUCGUUUGCCCAAGAUUGACGGAGGUGUUGGUUAUGGCACCGAAAGUCUAACCGAGAAGGGACUCAUGAAGGACAACCAUUACGACUACACCAAGGAAGACAACAAGAACAAGUUUGCGUUCCGGGUGAUUCAGGACCCCCACCAGGUCAAACUGGACAAGAAGAAGGCUCGAGACAACACGGCUGGAGACAAGUGGUUUGGAAUGAAGGCUCCUGAUAUGACCCCCGAGCUCAAGAUGGACAUGGAGUUGCUCAAGAUGCGAAACGUGCUGGAUCCCAAGCGGUUCUACAAAAAGUCCGAUUCCAAGAAGGACCCCAAGUUCUUCGAGAUGGGAACUAUUGUCGAGGGCAACACCGAGUUCUUCUCUGCUCGACUUACCAAGAAGGAGCGAAAGCAGACCUUUGCACAGGAGCUGCUUGGUGACGACGAUUCGCAGAAGUACUUCAAGCGAAAGUAUGCCGAGAUUGGCGACUCCAAGGAGGUUGGACGAAAGAAACACUUCCAGAACCUCAAGGAUCUGCGAAAGAAGCGUCGUUAG